GUGAGUGUAAUGCUAUGGUCGAGGCAGUUUGGCAUAGGCCACUCACUGCGGAUCAUGUGAGGUUAAACUUUAGUGAAGUUAUUUCCAGAGUGAUUUAAAUUUGUCUCUUAAUUUUAUGUGAUCUAUGGAACUAGACCAGUUAAUGAAAAUGUGAUAUUCUCAACGUGGAGAAAGCACUGUCAAAGUUCGGCAGGAACAGUCACAGGAACGGAGGAGUGUGAGUGUGUACCACAUCGAAGGGAUUGUGAACAGGAAGAAUCUUCAGAAUUUGGAGGUAUAAUCCACGGACAUGACUAAACUGGGGUCAGUGUUGUCCUGAGAUGAGUUUUCAACCAUAAGUCUACAGUCUGAACAUUUGACCAUCAUGAGAGAAGUGUACAGCCAGGAAAGCGUGGAAUGACAUUACUACGUCAAGCGUAACGUCCCCAAUUGUCACUUGUAUUCAAUGUCUGAUGAUGAUUGAUGUGAUAGACGAACAAGUGCAAGUUGUAAGUCACAGGAGACGGGUAUCUGAAGACAGUGUUUCCAAGUGGUAGGACAUUUAACUUUAAAUUUGAAUAUGACGUUUUCAAUAUCUUUAACGUCUUCGCCAUGACCACAUAAGAGAUCGUGAGCAUCCUGGCUUUGUGGUACUUUUAAGCAUGUUUUUCAAGAUCUAAAUCCCUGCUUGAAGGAAACGGUUAUCUUAGUGCGAUACUAUGAGUUUCCUUACCAACACAUCAUUCCCUUACACGUUGUAUAAUCUGACGUUGACGGAGAGGAAUAUGACGCUUGAAGACGAGGCAUAUGAUGUCCCUCCUGGUCUCAUAUUCCUCCUGGCUUUCUUAUACGGCUCAAUAUCACUCCUUGCCGUCAUCGGCAACGGCCUCGUCAUCCUCGUCAUUGUCAGGAACCGCCGAAUGCACACCGUCACCAACAUCUUCAUCGCCAAUCUCGCCGUAGCCGACGUCAUCAUUGGGCUGUUCAGCAUUCCAUUUCAAUUUCAAGCGGCGUUGCUACAGCGUUGGGUUUUAGCCAACUUCAUGUGCUCCCUUGCUCCGUUCGUGCAGAUUAUCUCGGUCAACGUCAGUAUCAUCACGCUCAGCGUCAUCGCCGUCGACAGGUACAUCGCGGUGCUUCAUCCUUUCAAAGCCGGAUGUUCCAAACGUUCUGCCGCCAUCAUUAUUACAGCGAUAUGGUGGUUCGCCAUCCUUUCUGGACUGCCUUGUGCAUUGUUCUACAAGGUUGAUAGGGAUAUGUGUCAGUUUGAUUUCCCGCCACAGCUGAAAAACUUCCCGUUCUACUAUAACUUAUACAUAAUUCUUGUACAAUACAUGAUGCCUCUUCUAGUGAUUAGUGUUUGCUACUUCCGGAUCGGAUGUUAUAUUUGGGGAGCACGAGCGCCCGGAAAUACCAACCCUACGGAAGACGUCCGCAGCAGAAACAAGAGAAAGGUGGUGAAGAUGCUGAUCAUUGUGGUGUGCCUGUUUGUGUUAUGCUGGCUUCCUCUUCAAACCUAUAAUCUCCUAGCAAUCACAUAUCCCCAUGUCAAUGAAUACCGUUACAUCAACAUAAUCUGGUUCUGCUCCAACUGGUUCGCCAUGAGCAACUCCUGCUACAACCCCUUCAUCUACGGCCUUCUCAACGAGAAGUUUAAGCGCGAGUUCCGAAUCCUCUUCUCCAUGUGCCCAUGCCAGUGUGCUCAGAAAGAAUACAAGAAGGAGUAUACGGACUACUACAGUGAGGACGGCAACCAGACGUUCCGACGAUGCAGCAUGAUGAGGAACCCGGCGGUGAGGUACAACUUCAACAGGGACGAGCACAAGCGACUGUCCCGAAGGUCCACGGAAAUGACAGAGACAUCGCAAAUCUGACUAGCACGGGACCGGCGCCAUCGAGAUAUGGCCAAAGCUCUCAAUAUGUCCAGCGUUUGACAUCAAAUGUCUAUGCUGAUUGUGAAGCUUAAUGUUCAAGCGUUGUGAAUCCGCAUAGCCGAUGGACACAGAUGUUUGGGACAGUGUACAAACAUGUGACAUCACAGGCGAAUCAAUGAACAUGCUUAUAUCAAGGCGCUUGUCCCUGCUAGAGAUGCUGAGGAAUAAGCACAAACUGUUGUUAUUCCUGUUUUGUUUAGACUUCAAAAUAUUAAUGUUAAAGGUGUGAGACUAUUUCUUCAUAACGUAGAAAUGAAAGAGAAAAACACUCACAGUUGUAGAGGACGACAUGUGGUCAUGUAAUUUGAGGUCAGGGACCGUCAAAUAUCUAGGUAACAAGACGCGAAAGUUAGGAGCUAAUAUACCAUAGACGCUGAUCUGACUCUGCUUGUGACUCUGAUCUGCAUCCGACAACCGAUUUCAAAAGGAAGUCUAAAGAAUUCAUGCUGCAGAUGUCGGUGCUUGCCAUUUAAUGCCUAACCCUGGUCAAACUUCUGAGGUUCUCAGAUGAGAAUUGUGUAUACCCAUAAUCAAACAUUCUCUGAUGGUUCAUGGGGAUGCCUGAAGUCAUUGUCUCGUAGGACCACAGCCAGGUCACCAACACAUCCUUUGGCUCAACUUUGGAGGGAUGUGUUCUUUACGGUCCAGUAACGUAUACACGGUGAGAUUGGUGGUAUAGUCAUGGACAAUGCUUUGAAGUGAGUCAAAAAUCGCCUUGAUCAAACUCUUUUUCUGAUCCAAGUGACAAUCAAUUACUGGCAAAACUGUGAAAGGAUCAAAUGUGCGGUACGUGGGAAUGGGGAGUCUGAUUCAAAUCCAAAGGACAAACAUAAUAUGGAUGUGUGUAAAAGUUGAACGAUCUACCAUACUUGUACAGAGAAGUAGAGUACUCACAGAACAUGUUGAUAGCUUUUACUUGACAUGAAUAUCGACCACAUCAAGUGAACCACUUGGGUUGAAUACACGUCAAUAAUGGUGUUUGCUGCUCAAAAACAAAAAUCGUGGCAGUGUUAAACACUUAGCCUUUGGGUUGCUAUACAAGCAUACUAAUGGCAUUUCCAGUGUUCUGAGGUCCAAAUCAUGAUUGCCUGUAAUUAUGUGACUCCUCGAACCACAUGGUAAUUUGACCUAAAAUCUGUGCAUGAUAUGCCUCAGGGUGGGAUCGAUACCAAAGUGUUUUCUUGUGGACAAGUCGUCAAGCUAGAACUCUUAAUCUGUGGCUAAUGGUCAAAGAUCGCUCAUUAGGAUUUGGCUGUAAGGGUCUCUGUCGUUUGUGUUUGUGUGUUCCAAGGCAUGACUUGUGAAUGGAGAGUGCGUUUCUCCAAUCAGCUGUGAAUUUCGUGGACCGAUACUCGAAAACGUUUCGUUAGUUAUGAUUGAACAAGACAGGGCUACGUAACUGGAACAUUUCGUCAGGGUGUAACUAUGAAUUUGAUCAAUCGAAGAACGCAGUGGAUAUAAGACACAACAAUCAUGAUUUUACGGUGUAUUGUUGUAUGAUGGAAAAAGUUUGUAUGUGAAAUACUUAACCGAUGGGUUAGCUUGAUAUGGUGGAUUGGUUGCAAAAUAUACAAAUAUCAGAAUCAAUGACAGGUUUCAUUUUGUGAUUACCAAAGAGGAGCAAAGGUCAAAUUUGAGGGCCGGAGGGCGAAGGUCAUGGUGUGUGAAAUGGGGUUGAGGUUGUCCCAUGGGGUCGGGGCAACUUCUCUCUCCAUAUCAUGUCAGAUGGACAAAAAAAAUUAACUUAAACAAAAAAUAUUAAUUUUAAGAUUUUCUAAUUUUCCGACCCAUUUGUAUGCUUUCAUUUUCAGGAAGGAACCUCAAACCUAUGCUCCUCUAAAGUCAAACACAAAUGUUUAUUACGCGGCAAGUUUGAAAGAAUUGUUAAAGGACAUAUAACAAACAGUUCACAGAAUGAUAUCACACAUUCAUAUCGACACCAUGUACAUAUAGGACCAUCCCAGUUGGAGGCGCAUUGGUGAAUAUCAAAGCUCAACGAGAGAUAUGAACCCUUCUCAGGGGAAGUAUCUCGGUCUCGGAUACAAGACUUACGAAGUUCUCAUAUGACACCUGUUGAAAUAUGACAUGUAAAGUUUCAUGCAAGAUUACAUACUUUAAAAUUGGGCUGCAUGAAGGCUCGAGAUGGGACUUUCCUCGUCGUAUUGUGAAUAUAAUAUGUAAUGAGCCUUUAAACAAAUGACUGUAUAAUAUUAUGGCUGAUGUAAUCUUUCCUAUAAACAUUACAUAUUCACACAUAUUUCUAUCAGAAAUGUAAUUUGUAUUAGUGAUUAGAACCUAUCAAUAUUCUGUGUUUAACUCAUGUAUGUUUUGCUCGGUUUUCAUUGUUAUAACCUUGUGUGUAUGCUACAUAUUUGUAUGUUGGGAUAAAUAUAUAUAUGACGUAACUUUCAUUUCAUGGGUUGUGCUGGCAUGUGAAUUAUUUGCAUUAUUAGAUUAAAGCAGUCAUGUAUUUACUCACUAUGAUUAUGUUGGUAUGUAAUAAUACAUAAAUGUUUAAUUCAAUAAUAAAGAUAAAUGAUUGAUGUCCAGUCAGCGGAACAUAUGAUGUAUAUGAUUACUGAAUAUGAUAAUAAAUUAUUUCAAAUUA